CAAACUUGGAAAACAAAGUCCAGUGGUUUGGUUAUUUUAUUGAAGUUUUCUUAAUUUUGAAAUGGCUGACCUUAAUGAAUAAGAAUCUUCCCCAACGCAAACAAUUGAUUGUUUUUUUUUUGUUUGUUUGUUUUUUUAUUUAACUAUUUAACCCUAAUAAUAAACCUCCACUCUUUGCUUAGUUUUAACAGAUAUUGCUCUAUAGAAACAUUCAAAAUAAAAAAAUUAUUGUGCUUUGUGGCUUAUGUGCUGAAGUAAGACUCAACAACCAUAGUUUUUAAUUUAACUGGGAAGAUAAAUUGAUUACAUACAUUAUCCAUAGGUAAGAGUAAGAUAAAAUGUAGAUAAAUCUUAAAUAUAACCUAACAAUGUUUGAAAUCCAUGCGUUUUUAUGAAAAGAUCAGACCUAUAAUUCUCCUAUUGACCGCUAGGUGUCGCCAGAUAUCCGAUGUUUGAGAGGUGAAUGUCCAGCAUUGCGUUAACCUGAUAAGUGUCCGAAGGUCAUAAAAACAAAAAAACAAUGCAAAAACUGUUCUCACAAAACCAUGGACAUUUCAGCUGUAAAUGCUCUUUCUUAUGAGGAAUUCGUGAAUAUUUUCGGAAAUGUGGUGGAAAAAUGCCCUCUAAUAACAGCCGCUGUGUGGACCAGCCAUCCCUUUAUGAGCAUAAAUGCUUUAGAAGCUGAAAUUAAUGACUUCAUCGAUGCUUUACCAGAGUCGGGUAAAGAAGGGAUCCUCAGGUGUCACCCAGAUCUCGCAGGCAGGGACCUCCACAGCGGUGCGCUGACCCGGGAGUCCCAAGAGGAACAAGCCCGAGCUGGGAUGGGAGAGCUGAGCCCGGCGGAGGCAUCGCGGAUGGCGCGACUCAACGAGAAGUACAAAGAGCGCUUCGGCUUCCCGUUUGUCAUCUGCGCUCGGAUGAAUGAUAAGGCGCGCAUCUUGAGCGAGCUCUCCGAGCGCCUUCAGAACGAGCGCGCGGCGGAGAGUGCGCGCGGCAUCGCGGAGGUGAAGAAGAUCUGCCGCCUGCGUCUGCAAGCUCUAGUGCUCUCUGAAGCACCGAAGUUAUGAAACUAGGCAGUGAGGCUGCCUAUAUGACCGAGGGCUUCGAUAUUUCAAUAUAUUACAUUUAUAUUUUUAUUAUUUCAAAUGCAUAAUAUGAACUGUUAAAAACUGAUCAGUAAAAGCAGGUGACCAUGAUUUAAACUUACACACACAAUGGAUGCACAUAUAUGAA